UAUUUGUUUUUUUUUUUUUUUUUUUUCAUAUUUGCAAUACUAGUAUGCUAUCUCAAUUGGCAAUACUAAUAUGCUAUCUCAAUAAGUAUGACUUUAUGAUUGGUUUCGUUAACUGUGUAAAUGAGUCGAGUUCGAGAUUUCUAAUCGUGAGCUUGUAUUGUUUAAUUUAAGAAAGCUCGAGCCUUGAUCAUUUCACUUUAGAGAUCUAGAAUUUGAAUUGUUUCUCGUUGUGUCUAGAGCUCGAACUAUAGUCGUGAAAUAUUUACAAGAUCAACCUAUAAUCGAACACUUUUAAUUCAACCCGUCUAAUAAUUUUUUUAAACGGCAAAUUUAGAUCAUUGGCGGACCAUUGGGGUGUCAUCGUGCAAAUUUGUUCAUGAGAUGAAACACGUCUAAUAACUUAAUGUGUUAACGAGCUUCCAGUUAUCUUCCUUAAUAAACACUUCUUUCUCUACACAUUCGUCGUUUCAUCUCGCGAUCUAUUCAAAAUGAUCAUUCUUCGUAUCUAGAUUUUUGUUCAUCAUCGCAAACAUGAAUCUGUCUUCUUGAACCCUUCCAAUUCUAUCUAAAGCCGCAACCGGUCUUUCUCUACAAAAAUAAUAAAAAACGAUCCAAAGUAGACUUUGGUCCCCAAAACAAAUGUUUCAUAAUAUAAUGAGAUACGAAUAUCUUGUGACUGAAAUAGUGAAACCAUCAAUUUGUCUUCUUGUUCUUGAACCCUUUCAUUUCUUUUUAAUUGCAAGCUUAAUGCUAGAUAAAUGCAUUAUGAUCAAUGUUAUGUCGUUUGUGCAUGACAUUGUGUUUGGAUCCCUAAACUUGCUAGGGUUGGUCGACAAAAAGUCAAAACCGCUUUCAGUUUCAAACCGAUUCAGGUUUGGAGUGGUAUGAUCAGUUUUUUCGGUGGAGUUCAGAUUGGUUCGGGUCCGUUUGUCAACAAAAAGUAAAAAUCGGUUUCGGGUUCGAAUCAGUUGGAGCGGUUUUGAUCGGUUUUUGUGGGUCUGGUUCGAGUUCAAACCAGUUUCAGAUAAGAGGAAUACAAACCGAUUGUAAACCUACGAGUUCAAUCAGGUUAGAACCAGUUCGUUAUCCGUUCCGUACCGAAAUAGAUUUUGGUUCUUAAACCGAUUUAGUGUUACACCUCUAGUCUCAGGGGUGGAUCUACCUCUUAACAAGGGGUAACCCACUUUGCCUCUUUAGAAAAAUUUGAUGUUUUUGGAUUUUAUUACCUCUUUUCUUUAAAACGUUGUCCCUAUAGGGAUUUUCAAGAUCCGUCGUCACGGUGUACUCUAAUAUAAUAGUCUAAUCAUCUUUUAGACUUAUAUACCCACGCUAAUCUCACAAGAAGAAGUAAUAUACAAUCUUCUAUCCAAUGAAGAGAAAAGAUAGACAACAAAAGCUUCACAAUUCCCUAAUUAACAUGCUCUAUCCUCCAUCUUCAUCUUCACCUCAUCACAACAAACAACUACACACCCAAACCCUAAAUUUAGCGCAGGAAAUCAUCAAUUCAGAAUCCCACCCCAUCAAUACAGAUGAAUUGGAGGAAGAAGAAGAAGAAGAAAGGAGUGAGGGAGAGGGUGAAUUAGGGUUUGAAAAGCUCACAAGAGCUCAGAGAAAAAGGCUUCGAAAGAAGAAGCUAAAAGAAGCUGCUUCUCAAAGGAGACAGAUUAUCGGGCCGCAGUUGAAUCCGGAUCAUACGGAUGGUGAUCGAAUCGAUGGUGAAGUUAGUAGCGUUCGUGAGCUUGAACAUGAACAUGAACGUCUGGAAGGUGUUCGACGAAAUGCCGCAGAGAAACCUUAGAGUCGCUAUUGUCACAUUUUAACGCAAAAUUACAAAUUAAUUGAUUAGUGAUUAUUACAGAUUAUGGAAAGAAUUAGUAUUGUAUUGGUAUUUGAUUUGGAGAAGGAAGAUGAUUGAUCAUAUUUGUAUACUCUGGGUUUUUUGUUUGAUGAA